GCGGCGGCGGCGGGAAGCAGCGGCAGGCGGGCGAGCAGCGGCGAAGGCUGCUGCUGGGACCGGGGGAGCCAGCAUGACCAGGCUCUGAAAAUACUUCAUCUGAAAUUUCAGACUGGACAGACUCGCAGUGGCUUCUAAGCCAGUGAGAACAAGGCUGCCAAAGCAUGCUGGUGCCAAGCUGUCGGAUGAUGCACGUAGUCAGGCCAGUGGUGGUGCUCCUGUGCUUGCUGCUCUACGCUGAUGCUGAAACACCACCAAAGUUUACAAGAACUCCUGUUGACCAGACAGGGGUUUCAGGAGGAGUUGCCUCAUUCAUCUGUCAAGCCACAGGAGAUCCAAGACCUAAAAUUGUCUGGAACAAAAAAGGAAAGAAAGUCAGCAAUCAGAGAUUUGAGGUAAUAGAGUUUGAUGAUGGAUCUGGAUCAGUUCUCAGAAUACAGCCACUGCGCACACCCCGAGAUGAAGCUAUUUAUGAAUGUGUGGCUUCCAACAGUGUUGGCGAAAUAAGUGUGUCCACGAGACUCACUGUUUUACGCGAGGAUCAAAUUCCUCGAGGUUUUCCAACCAUUGAUAUGGGCCCACAGCUGAAGGUGGUUGAACGAACUCGUACAGCUACCAUGUUAUGUGCAGCCAGUGGCAAUCCUGAUCCUGAAAUAACUUGGUUCAAAGAUUUCUUACCUGUUGACACAAGCAACAACAAUGGCCGCAUCAAGCAGCUACGCUCAGGUGCCCUCCAAAUUGAACUGAGUGAAGAAUCUGACCAAGGCAAAUAUGAGUGUGUUGCAACCAACAGUGCGGGUACACGCUAUUCUGCCCCUGCCAAUCUAUAUGUCAGAGUUCGACGGGUCCCACCGAGGUUCUCUAUACCCCCAACAAAUCAUGAGAUCAUGCCUGGCGGGAGUGUAAAUAUCACCUGUGUUGCGGUGGGAUCACCAAUGCCAUAUGUUAAAUGGAUGCUAGGAGCAGAAGAUUUGACACCUGAGGAUGAUAUGCCAAUAGGGAGAAACGUCCUUGAGCUUAAUGAUGUCAGACAGUCUGCAAACUAUACUUGUGUUGCUAUGUCUACCCUUGGUGUUAUAGAAGCAAUAGCGCAGAUAACUGUCAAAGCCUUACCCAAACCUCCUGGAACACCUGUGGUGACAGAAAGCACAGCAACUAGCAUAACGUUGACUUGGGAUUCUGGAAACCCUGAGCCAGUUUCGUACUACAUAAUCCAACACAAACCCAAAAACUCAGAGGAGCCAUAUAAAGAAAUUGAUGGGGUGGCCACAACACGUUACAGCGUGGCUGGCCUAAGCCCGUAUUCAGAGUAUGAAUUUCGGGUAGUUGCUGUAAAUAACAUUGGGCGAGGGCCACCCAGUGAGCCUGUGUCAACAAGGACUUCAGAACAAGCACCUUCAAGUGCACCACGCAAUGUACAGGCCCGUAUGCUGAGCUCCACCACCAUUCUGGUACAGUGGGAAGAGCCCGAGGAGCCUAAUGGGCAAAUUCAAGGUUACAGAGUGUAUUACACCAUGGACCCCACUCAACAUGUCAACAGUUGGAUGAAGCACAAUGUGGCUGACAGCCAUAUUACCACUAUUGGGAAUCUGGUACCCCAGAAAACAUACUCUGUGAAGGUUCUUGCUUUUACUUCUGUUGGGGAUGGACCACUUUCUAGUGACAUUCAAGUCAUCACUCAAACAGGAGUGCCUGGUCAACCAUUGAACUUCAAAGCAGAACCUGAGUCUGAAACGAGCAUACUGCUUUCCUGGACACCUCCACGGUCUGAUACCAUUUCCAGCUAUGAACUGGUUUACAAAGAUGGAGAGCAUGGGGAGGAACAACGGGUUUCCACGGAACCUACUACAUCAUACCGUCUGCAAGGCUUAAGGCCAAACAGCCUGUACCUGUUCCGCCUAGCUGCACGGUCUCCUCAAGGCCUGGGUGCCUCAACAGCAGAAAUCUCAGCCAGAACCAUGCAGUCAAAGCCAUCAGCUCCUCCUCAAGACAUUAGUUGCACAAGCCCCAGCUCCACUAGCAUUUUGGUAAGUUGGAAACCUCCACCGGUGGAAAAACAGAAUGGCAUUAUCACUGCAUACUCCAUCAAGUACAUUGGAAUUGAUGGAGAAGAUGUCAAGCCCCAUGAAAUUUUGGGAAUUUCCUCGGACAGUACCCAGUACCUUUUGGAACAGCUGGAAAAGUGGACUGAGUACCGGAUCUCUGUGACUGCUCACACUGAUGUUGGACCUGGCCCAGAGAGCUUAGCAGUAUUGAUUCGGACAGAUGAAGAUGUUCCUAGUGGUCCUCCUCGCAAAGUCGAGGUGGAGGCUGUCAACUCCUCUGCUGUUAAAGUGUCCUGGCGCUCGCCUGUGCCCAAUAAGCAGCACGGUCAGAUUCGAGGGUACCAGGUCCACUACGUGAGGAUGGAGAACGGAGAGCCAAAGGGUCAGCCCAUGCUAAAAGACAUCAUGCUGGCAGAUGCACAGGAAAUGAUAAUUUCUGGGCUCCAGCCUGAAACCACAUACUCUUUCACUGUGACAGCUUAUACAACUAAAGGUGACGGUGCACGCAGCAAACCCAAACUUGUAUCUACUACUGGUGCAGUUCCAGGCAAACCUCGGCUUGUGAUUAGCCACACACAGAUGAACACGGCUCUAAUUCAGUGGCAUCCUCCAGUGGAAACUUUUGGCCCGCUGCAGGGUUAUCGCCUGAAGUUUGGUCGCAAAGACAUGGAUACAUUAACGACCAUGGAGUUCUCAGAGAAGGAAGAUCACUUCACAGCCACAGACAUUCACAAAGGAGCUUCUUAUGUCUUCAGGCUCUCAGCUAGAAAUAAAGUGGGCUUUGGGGAGGAGAUGGUUAAAGAGAUUUCUGUUCCUGAAGAGGUACCCAGUGGAUUUCCCCAAAAUCUCCACUCGGAAAGCUCUACUUCUACUUCAGUUCAAUUAACUUGGCAGAUGCCACUCUUGGCAGAAAGAAAUGGCAUUAUCACCAAAUAUACCAUCUUGUACAGAGAUAUCAAUGUUGCUUACCAGCCAGUUGAACUCCCUGUUGUUCCUGCUGAUACCACUAUGACACUUUCUGGCUUAAAACCAGAUACCACUUAUGAUGUAAAAGUACGUGCCCACACAAGCAAAGGGCCUGGUCCAUAUAGUCCAAGUGUCCAGUUCAGGACACUACCCGUGGAUCAAGUGUUUGCAAAAAAUUUUCAUGUUAAAGCAGUAAUGAAGACUUCAGUUUUGCUGUCCUGGGAAAUUCCAGAAAACUACAAUUCAGCUUUGCCUUUCAAAAUCCUUUAUGAUGACGGGAAAAUGGAGGUUGAUGGACGGGCUACUCAAAAGCUGAUCACAAACUUGAAGCCAGAGACAUCAUAUUCAUUUGUCCUGACAAACAGAGGGAAUAGUGCUGGGGGUCUUCAGCACAGAGUAACUGCAAAGACUGCACCAGACGUGCUUCGCACAAAGCCAGUCUUCAUUGGAAAGACCAACUUAGAUGGCAUGAUAACUGUGGAACUUCCAGAAGUACCCUCAAAUGAGAAUAUAAAAGGCUAUUACAUAGUUAUUGUGCCUUUGAAGAGGUCUCGUGGAAAGUUUAUCAAACCAUGGGAGAGUCCAGAUGAAAUGGAAUUAGAUGAGCUGCUUAAGGAGAUAGCUAGGAAACGCAGAAGCAUUCGUCUUGGGAGGGAAGUUGAAUUAAAGCCAUAUAUUGCAGCUCACUUUGAAGUUCUUCCUACGGAAUUCACAUUGGGGGAUAAGAAGCAUUAUGGUGGAUUUGAGAAUAAGCAACUGCAGAGUGGUCAAGAAUACGUCUUCUUUGUGUUGGCUGUAAUGGAGCACUCAGAAUCUACCAUGUAUGCAACAAGCCCAUAUUCAGAUCCUGUUGUGUCAAUGGAUCUUGAUCCCCAGCCAAUUACAGAUGAGGAAGAAGGCUUGAUUUGGGUUGUUGGACCAGUUCUUGCUGUGGUGUUUAUCAUCUGUAUUGUUAUUGCUAUACUUCUUUAUAAAAGGAAGAGGGCUGAAUCUGAUUCUAGAAAGAGCAGCAUACCCAACAGCAAGGAGGUCCCCUCUCACCAUCCCACAGAUCCAGUGGAGCUGCGACGCCUUAACUUUCAAACUCCGGGUAUGGCCAGUCAUCCCCCGAUACCUAUCUUGGAACUUGCAGAUCACAUUGAAAGAUUGAAAGCAAAUGACAAUUUGAAGUUCUCACAGGAAUAUGAGUCUAUUGAUCCUGGUCAGCAGUUCACAUGGGAACACUCCAACCUGGAAGUAAACAAACCAAAGAAUAGAUAUGCGAAUGUAAUUGCAUACGACCAUUCUCGUGUUCUACUCUCAGCAAUAGAAGGCAUACCGGGCAGCGACUAUAUCAAUGCCAAUUACAUAGAUGGAUACAGGAAGCAGAAUGCUUAUAUUGCAACGCAGGGGGCAUUGCCAGAAACCUUUGGUGACUUCUGGAGAAUGAUGUGGGAGCAACAAGGUGCAACAGUCGUCAUGAUGACGAAACUAGAGGAGAGGUCCAGGGUGAAGUGUGAUCAAUACUGGCCAAGCAGAGGCACAGAAACUUAUGGACUAAUCCAAGUGACCCUUUUAGACACUGUUGAAUUGGCAACAUACUGUGUUCGUACAUUUGCACUUCACAAGAAUGGCUCAAGUGAGAAGAGGGAAGUGAGGCAAUUCCAGUUCACUGCCUGGCCUGACCAUGGUGUCCCAGAACACCCAACACCAUUCUUAGCUUUCCUGCGACGAGUCAAGACUUGCAACCCACCUGAUGCCGGACCUAUGGUUGUGCAUUGCAGUGCUGGAGUCGGCAGGACUGGCUGUUUCAUUGUGAUAGAUGCCAUGUUAGAGAGAAUAAAGCAUGAAAAGACUGUAGAUAUUUAUGGCCACGUAACUCUAAUGAGAGCACAGAGGAAUUACAUGGUUCAAACUGAGGACCAAUACAUCUUUAUCCAUGAUGCACUGCUGGAAGCAGUGACAUGUGGAAAUACCGAAGUGCCAGCCAGAAACCUGUAUGCAUAUAUCCAGAAGCUGACACAGAUAGAAACAGGAGAGAAUGUCACAGGAAUGGAACUGGAAUUUAAGCGUCUUGCUAGCUCUAAGGCUCACACUUCAAGAUUCAUCAGUGCCAAUCUUCCAUGUAAUAAAUUCAAAAAUCGCCUUGUCAAUAUUAUGCCAUAUGAAUCCACAAGGGUAUGCUUGCAGCCUAUCCGAGGAGUAGAAGGCUCUGAUUAUAUUAAUGCCAGUUUCAUUGAUGGAUACAGACAACAAAAGGCUUACAUAGCUACACAGGGUCCUUUAGCUGAAACAACUGAAGACUUCUGGAGAAUGCUCUGGGAGCAUAACUCUACAAUUGUGGUCAUGCUCACUAAGCUACGAGAAAUGGGCAGAGAAAAAUGCCAUCAGUACUGGCCUGCGGAGCGCUCAGCCAGAUAUCAGUAUUUUGUGGUAGAUCCAAUGGCAGAGUACAACAUGCCACAGUAUAUUCUGAGGGAAUUCAAGGUUACAGAUGCAAGGGAUGGUCAGUCCCGAACAGUGAGGCAGUUCCAGUUCACUGACUGGCCAGAACAAGGAGUGCCAAAGUCUGGAGAAGGAUUUAUUGACUUCAUAGGCCAAGUGCAUAAAACAAAAGAGCAAUUUGGUCAGGAUGGACCAAUUUCUGUUCAUUGCAGUGCGGGUGUUGGAAGGACUGGAGUAUUCAUAACCCUGAGCAUUGUGUUAGAAAGAAUGAGAUAUGAAGGUGUGGUAGACAUCUUCCAGACUGUCAAAAUGUUAAGGACACAGCGGCCAGCCAUGGUACAGACAGAGGAUCAAUACCAGUUCUGCUAUCGAGCCGCACUGGAGUAUCUGGGCAGCUUUGAUCACUAUGCAACAUAAAAACCCAUUGUGGAUUUUUAUUGCAGGCCCUUUAAGAUCCAGAGAGCCGCUUCUGAGCCAUACAAUGUGCUUUAGAAGUACUUCUUAACUCUUAGCUAAGGAGCAAUUAUUGGGGAUAUAUAAAAUAAAAAAAUAAUAAAAAAAGAAACAAAUGAACAAAAUAUUGGGGAUAUAUAAAACAAAAAAACCAACAAAAAAAAACCCCACCCAACAAGAAGUAUUCCAUGUGGACCAAGAAUUCACAGUUUAAUAACCUAACCAUAAUAAAAGAAUCCUGACCACUGAGGCGUCUGAAGGAUCUCAUUUACAGAUACCUCAAGGGUUCGACAUUGGUUGAAGUUAAAGGGAAGAGGAAAUUUAAUCAGAAAGAGUGAUCAUCUUAUUCAGGAUUACGCGAUUUUGCGAAGAGGAGUUUUGAGAACUGCAGUUCAGUGCAGGAUGUUUGUUGCAAGGUUGGGUUCUGGCUUCUCAAACAAAGCGGACUCUUUACUUCAACAUCACCGUUUCCCAUCAUACUGCUCAUCAUAACACUUAAGGGAAAAUGUGGGAAUGUUUAAAAAGAAAGUCCUUGAUUUAGUUUUUUAGUAUUGUAAAGAUACUGCUGACCUGUGCUUCAUUUUUAACUGUGUAAACUUUUUCCUUUUUUUAACAAGAGUUUAUCAUUCGAUGAAGUGAAUUAAAGAAAAGGUUGCAUAACUGUUAAUAUUUUUGUUUAAAAAUGUAGAUUUUUUUUUUAAGCUGUAGAACUGUUACCUGUAAUAUUGUGCUGUAGAAAUGUUAGAUACUUUGAAAAUUUGCACAUUUUUGUGCAGUCCUACAGUACCACAGUCUCGUUAGAUAUAAAUUUUGUAGUUUUAUUUGGGUUUUUUUUCUUUAAGAAAAUAUUCAUUGUAAUCAGUUAAAUCAAAAUGGGGCUUUUGGUUUAUUUUGGAAUCAACAGGGAGGCGCAAAGUAUAAAGAUGCUGCUAGCACAUGCACACACACGCACACAUAUGCACAUGCACACUCACACCCUCUCUCUUUUAUAUAUAUAUAUAUGUAUUACUGUCUACCCUUUUUUGACUCUCUGUAUAGUUGCAGAGAAUACAGAUGGAUUCAGAUACAGAUUCACACACAUGCACAUCAACAUAUCAGUCCUUACGUACCUGGAUUUAUGAAAGCAUUGGGAAAGUUUUUCCACAUACUACAAUUAUAUCAGACUUCGAUUUGAUCAUCUCUGCAUUUUUAAGGUCCAUAAACUUCUGUUUCAAAGAGAAGUGAGGAAUGCACAUCAUUGAUAUUUGAAUGCCAUCUCUAUCCCAAAUAAUAUUCUAUCCACAUUUCCACUUGAACACACACACAUGCACACAUACAGAGCACACACAUGCACACACGCACACAGAGUAUGUGAUUUAGGCUUCAAGUGAAGUUCAAUAUUUGUAACACUAUAGUGCAAUAAGAAAUCAUAUUAUUAAAUGUAGGAGGUGUGCAUGUGGGAAAGGUCAGUGCAUAUCCCUUUAGGAGGGGAGAAUGUUGUAAUAUACUAGGUAUUAAGAUGUUUUAAAAUUGUAUUCAAUAGUAUACUGUCUAUAGUGUGCGCUAUAUAAUUUACAUUUAUCGUAUGUAACAGGGCAAAGCCAAACACACAUUGCUCUGUGAAAUCAAACGUUUUGUGGCAUACAGCAUUGUUUGGGGAUGCUGGGGUUUAUUUUAAUUUUACAUUUAGAGUGCCUUAUAUUUGAUGCCUAUUUUGAAUAGUAUUUCUUUAAGUUAGCCUUCAUUUGUAUUUAGUUUAGUUUGUUUAUAUCUCUGUUGUUCUUUUCAAACAUUUUAAUACAUGUACCAGACAAUUUUGAAAAAUAUGCAUUUCCAGUUUCUAAUCAAGUAUGGAUGGUAAUAAAUGAUAACCCAAAACACAUAGGUAGUCAAGGCCCUUUAUCUUUCCAUAUUUCUAAUAUCAGAAUAGCCCACAAAUUGGAAAUCUAUUUCUGGUUGGCUUUCAAAACCCACUUUGUCACUGGUUAUAGUGUUAUCUGUCAUUGCCGAGCUGUAGCAGCACAGUAGCAGUAGUUGACAUCAGCAGUGCUUAUGCAUCUUCUUUUUUCUUUUCUUUUUUCUUUUUUUUUUUUUCAAAUUUAUUUUGGGCCAAGUCCUGCUCAUUCACUUGUGUCAACAGAUUGCUAAAGUCAAACCCUUGCUCUUCAGUGGGAAGGUUCAUGUAAGGCUAGCAAGACUGAGCCCACAUAACAUAUUGGAGAUUGACAGAUUUUAUUCCAGGAAAAAGGAAAAUUCUCUAAACAGCACAAAGUACUUUUUGAGACUUUUUCUAGAAUGCCAUUUACAUUGACCUUGGUCACCAUGUGUUCUGCCAUUGUUAGUACAUCAGCAUCAAAGGAUGCUUUCUUUGGGGUUUCAAAUAGGAGCAUUGCUGUGGCUUCUUCAUGUGGCCUCAACAUUUUUAGUUCUUCUUCCAAUUGUCCCACUCCUAUAAGAAAUAAAAAUAAGAAAGACCAAACUCCAGCAAUUGUAUUUGAGCACUUUUGUAAUGAAAGAAAACCCAAACCAAAAAAAUCAAAACAGAAAUAUAAAUAUAUAUAUAUAUGGAAUAGAAGUAUUUUAGAAGGCUACCUCAGAAUGAGAUUCUAUAACUUACAUCUGAACCAGAGAAGAAUGUGCACUAUGUUUCUUUCUCUUCUUCUUUCUUGAUUUAUACGUUGAAAUAAUUAUUGAAAAGCCAGGUUAUGUAGUGUGGUCAUGUUCUUCAACUCAAAUAUAGGAAUUCCAGAAAUAUGAAACAAAGUGUCAUUUUGAAAACAUAGACUAAGGAAGGUUCCUGCACACUGGAUCUGUACAAAGAUCAGUGCAUUUUCCCUAGCAGACUGUCUUGCAAGCUCCAACAAAAAUAAGGGAGUAAAAGAAAUACAAAAAAGCAGAGUCAAUUUGUGAGAAAACCUGUUGUACAACUAAAUACUCCUUUCAGGUUUUUUGUUUCUUACGAUAGGUCUUAGCAUCAUUGAUGUGCAUUCCACUUUCUGUAUUCUAAUAUAUGCAUUCUACAGUUAAUUUAAAUUGUGAGCAUCUUUGUCUACAUACAUCAUACAUUUCCAAGCUUAAAAUUGGUUUCAUCAGCAUAACCAGUACGGUGCUAUUAUUUACGUUUGUAUGUGUAGUUAUGUCUAAUUUUGUAAUUAGUUGCAAUGGGGGAAAAAAACCACAAAAUAUAUAAAAAUGAUUUAUACAAAAGUUUAAUUUAGCUCUUUUUUAAAAAUUUAUUUGAGUGGUUAGAUAGCGGAGAAGAUGGCUCGGGGAAGGAGUGACCUUCUAAGGAGAUUUGCACUUUCUAUAUAUACCUUUGUACUAUGCACUGCCCUAUUGAUUCUACACCCAACAAUAACUUGAACCCAUCUGUAAGAAAUUGCUUACAAAAUCCACUUGUAUGUAUUUAAAAGACACAGAACAUGUUAAAAGGAAAAAAAAAAAGCAACUGCUUUUUUGUUUCCUUUUAUUCUCUCCCAUUUUACUUUAUGUUUCUUUUUCUUCUUUUUUUUUUAUUUUUUCUUUUUUUUUUUUUUUUUUCCCUUGGUGCCCUGAUACUCCACAGAUAUCAGAAGGCUGCAGGUCUCAUUAUAACCAUCCGUUAUGUGGCUUUGCCAUUCAAGCUUGGAGUGUCUUUACAAAGAUAAUAAAAACUUGUGUUCUUUGCUCUUGUUUUGGAUGCAUAGACUGAAAAACUUUAAAAAAUUACCUUGUAAAAUGGCUUGUUAAAAAAGAUACAAUUACCUCUAAUUAGUAGUACGCGUAAAUGUUUUACAGAAUGAAAGGCGUGCUUUUUAUUUUCUUACUUCGUUACAUUGGUGGCAAAAGGAAGUCUGUAUGAAAAUCAGUUCUUUGCUGACACAAGUUCCAUUUGUUACAGAUGAAUUCUAAUAAAAUGUCAGUGUUAUGCAGCCCUGGUCUUCUUUCUUAAGCAGUACUUUCGAAAUCAAAACUUGUUUGGUCCCUCUUGGUGAUAAAGGAGUUUAAUUGAAACUACAAAGCAGUCAUUAAUCUUCUUAACUAGCUGCUGGACAGUGGAAAAUGCAUUCUUAGGUUAGCAAAUAUAUAUCAUCUUCAGCAGCAAGCUUUGAGCCAGCAUAGGCAAACCCUUUGGCAUAAUUUCUCAUAGUUUCAUGAGCUUAAUUGAAAUGACCACACUUUACAUGCCUCUGGAGUUCCCCUUUGUGCUUUCGAAAUGUAUCACUACACUGAGAAACUAGAUUCUUCUCCAUUCAUAGGUGCAACUCAAAGAGGGCAAAAUAUCCACACAUUUGAGGUAAAUUUUGAAUUUUUAAUUCCUGCAGAUUUGGCGGCUUCUGAGGUAAAUCCAAAGUCACUUGUCAGAAUUCAGUCCCUGAAAUAGUGGCAGGCGCUCAUGAGUUUUGACUGAUUUCUGUUAUGCACUGCAUAUGCAGUGAGUGCAAAUGUGAGUCUGUGAGGCUACUAUCCAAAUACUGUGGUAGACUUUUUAAACACGCUGGAAAAGUUUUAGAUGAAUAAACGUACCAGGUGUAUCAAGGCAAGCUACAAGGGGCAUGGCAUGGCAAUCUGUUCAAAGAAAACAAGUCUUGCCCUGUCUGCUUGUUUUGAAAGAAGGCAGGUUCUGUCUCCAAGAUUGCUUUGUAAGGGAAUACAGUCUAUUAGCAAUUAGUAUUAAGUACAUGUUAAUAAACAAUUCUCUGUGCUGGAAGGAUGUGCAAGACAUUAACAUUAGGGUGAUUUCUAAGAACGUGUAUUGUUCUUGGCCUAAUUUCCACUUGAAGAUGGUGAUAAUAGUGUAAAUGUGAAGCCUUGGUAUUCUAACAGAGGCCUAUUAAUGUUUUUCCACUGACUUCUGUGGAUUUUACAAUUACUGCAUUGCAGGCUGCCUUUGACUUGAACCUUUUUUGCGUAGUCUGUGCAAGGUGGUUUAGAGCUGUGUUAUGUAAGGGUUUCUUUAACUAUCUGAGUGGCUUUAGAUGGUACCCUUUAAUGUCAGCAUUGACUUCUUUGGAUUUUCCUGUUCUGUGCGUCUAGCAUGGACCAUAAUAAAGUGUGAAAAUGAGUAUUGACAAAAA